AUUUUUAGUCGUCGUGAGAGCGCAACGAAAGAUACAUUUGCGUGCGGCGGACGGAUAAGCAAAAGUGAGUUUUGUUGCUGCAUGCAAAAAAAAAGAAAGCAAAAGUGAAUACAUAAUUUACAUAAAACGUAUGUGCUCUAAUCCAAUGCGUAACAGCUAAUAAAAUGUAGCUUCAUCCGUGUAGAUUUCAAAGAUGUGCUGGUGCGGGUCAGCAUAUGUGUGAGUGUGUGUGUCAACAUCUGUAGAUGUAGUGUGUGUGUGUGUGCGUAAAAAUUGCACGAAUCUCAGCCGUAAGGCGCGCAUCAACAAGAGCAAUAAAACCUAUUUAAGUAAUUAAUCAAUUGAGAGACUUUUGCAAAAAUGCCCCGAUUUGCAACAGCAACAACGAAACGACAGCAACAAUUCAAAUGCAGCAGUCGUUACGCUGCGAAUUGACUUGGACUUGGACUUGGGAAGCCAACUGAAAAAUCGAUCAACGUUCAACGAUGCCGCCAACAGCCAAGGCGAAGCCACAAACGAAAACAUUGCGCACUUGCCAAUUCAGCCAAAGAUGGCGCUAUAAAAGGGCCAGCCCAGUAGGCAUUUGCUAGCCAUUCAGGCGCUGAGUAAGGAAUAUGUCGAAAAUGAGAGGUCGUGUACUGAUACCCCUGCCCAAUACGGGGGCGAUGGGGCGCAAACGCAACAAUUUCUACAUGCGCAGCAUCUUUAUCUUGGCCCUCUGCAUCUUCGGUCUGCUGCAGUACCACAAUUUUAACUAUCUCGACAGCCGCGAUGCGAUGCUCAGCGAAUCGAUUACCAAUGACUCCGUGGAUGCCAUAAUGUCAAUGGUUCCUGCCACGCUCCACAAGUAUCUGACUCCACAUACGCGGAAUCAUAGCAUCUCGGCUGCAGGUCUCCAGCUGAAUAGCAGCGGGUCUUCGUUGGGCGGCUCGGGCAGUGGAGCGGCGACAACCAUCAGCUUUGAGGUCUAUCGGCCGCCGAACAACACGGAGAUCAAGCGUCAGAUAGUGAGAUACAACGAAAUGCAGCUUGUGCUCAAUGAGGAGACGUUCGGGCCGCUGCAAAACGAUUCUGUGAUAAUUGUCGUGCAGGUGCACACGCGCAUCAAUUACCUGCGCCAUCUAAUUGUGAGCCUGGCGCAGGCGCGCGACAUCUCGAAAUCUUUGCUGAUCUUCUCGCACGACUUCUACGACGACGACAUCAACGACCUGGUCCAGCAAAUCGAUUUCUGCAAGGUGCUGCAGAUCUUCUAUCCGUACUCCAUACAGACGCAUCCGCACGAGUUUCCUGGCGUCGAUCCCAACGACUGCCCCAGGAACAUCAAGAAGGAGCAAGCUCUGAUCAGCAACUGCAACAAUGCUCUAUAUCCCGAUCUCUAUGGCCAUUACCGUGAGGCCAAGUUCACGCAGACGAAGCACCACUGGUGGUGGAAGGCGAAUCGAGUCUUCAAUGAGCUGGAAGUGACUCGCUUUCACACCGGUCUCGUUUUGUUCCUGGAGGAGGAUCACUAUGUGGCCGAGGACUUUCUCUACUUGCUGGCCAUGAUGCAGCAGCGCACCAAAGACUUGUGCCCGCAGUGCAAUAUCCUUUCGCUGGGCACCUAUCUAAAGACAUUCAACUACUAUACGUACCACAGCAAGACUAACAAAAAAUCGUAUGCUUCCUCGCUGAUCUCGUCAAACAGUCUAUUAGGAUCAAAUAGGAACAAUUACAAUAACAACAAUAACAAUAAUAAUAAUAAUAAUAAUAGAAAUUCACAGCAAUUAACUGCGUCCUCAUCAGCGCUAUCAUCCAGCACUUCAUUAAAGAACGCCAAGGUCUAUGUGGGCGACACCUCAGACGUUGAUAACAAUAACAAUAGCAAUAAUAAUAAUAAGAAUAAGAAUAAUAAAAUAAUGAACAAUAAAAAAACUAGCCACAUGAACACUGUCACCGCCACAUCAAACACCAAUAAUAAUAAUAAUAACAAUGAUAAUAGCAAUAAGAAUGGUGCACAAACUUGGAAUUAUCAUGUACUGCCGUCAUUGUAUUCCGUCUAUCAGAAGGUGGAGUCCAUGCCCUGGAUCAGCAGCAAGCACAACAUGGGCUUCGCCUUCAAUCGUACCACUUGGACGAGCAUUAGACGCUGCGCUCGGCACUUCUGCAGCUACGAUGACUACAACUGGGAUUGGUCGCUGCAGCAUGUGUCCCAGCAGUGCUUGCAGAGGAAGCUGCACGCAAUGAUUGUCAAGGGGCCUCGAGUCUUUCACAUUGGCGAGUGCGGCGUGCAUCACAAGAACAAGAACUGCGAGUCCAAUCAGGUGAUUUCCAAGGUGCAACAUGUGCUGCGUAUAGCACGCAACUCCCAUCAGCUCUUCCCGCGCUCGCUGAUGAUGACGGUGCCCAGUUUGAUCAAGAAAUCGAAGCUUCGCAAAGGCAACGGCGGCUGGGGCGAUUUACGCGAUCACGAUCUCUGCCUCAACAUGACGAUGCCAACAAGAUAAAGCUACAAAUCACCAAAAAGAAAAACAAAAAAACAAAAAAGAAACAAACAAAGAUUCUAAUCAUAGAAAAUUAGCUUAGUUACUAGCUUAUAAUUUCGUAGUAAACAUUUUAAGUAGCGCUAGCUCUUAUACUAUAUAUGAACGAGAAAUCUCAGUUGAAAGAUCAAAGAACUUUAACAACUACUCGAAGUCGCAAUCAACGCAAUUCGCAUCUAUUCGAAAUUUUUAUACACAUACAAAAAAAUUCAGUGCAGCACAACUCAUAUUUAUAUACAUAUAUUGAUAUGAUAUAUACAUAUGUUCAAACAAAAAACUAUUGAAUUUUUAAAUUGUGCCGUUAUUUUAUAGUUUAGGUAUUUACUAGUCGAGCUCGCCCGACUAGAUUACUCUUUACUUCUCUUUUAUUUAGGGUCCGUCCAAAAUUGAAUAAAAGUCAACUCCCUUAAAACACUAUAAUUUCGCGCUCCUAUAUAUUAUAUAUAAAACAUUUAUGAGAUCCUAAUAAAUAUGUAAACUCUAUAUAUAUACAUAUAUAUGUAACCCCCCAAAUGUGCCGAAGUCAAAUUUUGAGAUGAACAAAAAUAAAGAAACCAUAAUGCAUUAGCUAGUCAUAUACGUACACAAUAUAUUCUGAAUAAUAUGCAGAAAUCUAUAAAUGAUAUAUAUACAAAUUUAAAUACCGAUUUUUUAGAUACUAAUACAAAGCAUGUAAAUAGUUCCAACUUUGUUGUAUAGUUUUUAUUUUUCACAUAAGUUCUCUUAAUACAUAAAAAAAUAAUAAUCGAUAA